UUUGAGGAUAAUCCGACAGACCAGUCUAUCAACACAAUCUACAAAAUGUUUUGUCUUGUGGUGGUGACAGUCGGACGGAGAAGAGACCCAAUCCAACCCCCCCGUUGCCGCCGAUGAGGUCGAGGUUUCGGCCGAUGCCGGUGCCGGCGGUCAGAUGUCCGUCCUCGACGCUCUCAAGGGUGUCCUCCGCAUCUCGCUGAUCCACGACGGUCUUGCCCGUGGUCUGCGCGAGGCCGCCAAGGCCCUCGACCGUCGCCAGGCGCACAUGUGUGUCCUGAACGAGGGCUGCGAGGAGGAGGCCUACAAGAAGCUGGUCGUUGCUCUGUGCUCCGAGCACAAGAUCCCCCUCAUCAAGGUCCCCGAUGGAAAGCUCCUCGGCGAGUGGGUUGGUCUUUGCCAGCUCGACCGUGAGGGUAACGCCCGCAAGGUCGUCAACUGCUCUUGCGUCGUCGUUAAGGAUUGGGGUGAGGAGUCCCAGGAGCGCUCCGUCCUCCUCAACUACUUCCAGACUGAGCAGUAAAUGUGUGCGAUUCUGUUGAAUUUGCAUUGCAUUGCUCGCCCCAUUUCCCCAGUCUUGGUAACUUGAGAGUGGCGCACGUGGAAACGGGGGUAGGUGUUUGGAAACAGGUGUGAGUGGCUAUGGUCUUGAGGAUUUUUUUUUUCUGCGCGCACGGGGGCAAAAAAAAGACAGAACAACACAAAUUCUUGUCGUCUCCACUUGCAACUUGGGUGAAUUCGGUUUUAUACGAGUUGUAGUUUGGUGGGGAGGUGGGGAAAUCUCAUUCAUCUUGUCGGAUCGGUCGACGGUUUGCAUGUAUGCGUGGGUCUCUCUUCUUAUAUCUCUGUCGCGGGACUGGAUGGUUCUCGUGCUAGUCAUGAGGCUGGAUGGUUUCGGUUUUAUACUGGAGAAAUGAAUCAGAUCAUGGUGCUCAAAACUUUGCAUGGAUUGUACUUCGGGUGUUGUUCGUAGUCUGGGCGAGUCAGCUGGCAACGAAUGGCUGAAUUAAUCGA